CGCGUCUACCUUGAAUCAGCUUCCUAAACCACUCCAUUUUAACAUAUUUUUUUCUUUCUAUACUUUCAAUUAAAGUCUGAAUGUCCUCCCGUGCAAUUCGCAAGCUCCAAAAGCUGCGCGAGCAGGAGCAGCAGCACACAGAAGACGACUCAAGCGAAGAUGAACCGGUAUCGAGACCCGUAAAACCGAAGCUCAAUGCAUUUGACCUUUUGAACGCCGCAGAGGACGAUGACGACGACGAGGAGGAGGAAGAGGCGGAGGAGGAGAAGGAGGAGCAAGAGUUCGACAACGAAACCGCGCCAGUGACCCGGACCCCGCCGCCUACUGUCGACAUUUCCCCCAAACCGGCAGAGCCAAAGAAAAAGAACAACAAGAAGAAGAAGAAUAAGAAGAAGAAGUCAACACCUCAGCCACCCAGUGAAGGGAAGACUCCUCUGGGCAAGAAGAAUGGCAAACUGGACGAGAUCGACCGGGCAUUGCAGGAGCUGGCGGUAGACCAGGGACAACAAGGUGGGCAAGGACAGACUGGUGCGCGGGGCGCGGGGAAUACAAAGGACUCUGGAUUUCCCAAGACACCCGCAGAACUUCUCACCAUCGAGCCGCGGGCGCUCAAUGCCACGAACGAGAUGCGGAAGCUGUUCGGGAACGUGGUGCUGGAGAACUUCGACCAAGACGACUCGGGGUCCAGCCGGCGGCGGGAGCGAAACCGGGAGAUGGUCGAUCUGGGACGGGCGCUGACAGGCAAAUACAGCCCCGCCAGUCGGGGGCAGAGCCUGGCGGGCGUGACGCUGCGGCGCAACGUCCUCAUGCAGGGCAAGGACGAGUGGCCGCGGACACCCAGCGGCGGGCUGGGGAUGGAGCUGGUGGAGAAGCAGGACUCGGGAGCGACACUGUACCGCAUCGUGCACAACAGCGCAUACGAGGACGUCCAGCGGCAAUUCGAGAUGUGCGUGGAGUCGCUGGAUCCGCAGCGCAUGAUCCAACUGCUCCAGUACAACCCCUACCACAUCUCGACGCUGCUGCAGGUGUCGGAGAUCGCGAAGCACCAGAGCGACCAUGCAGUGUCAGCGGAUCUACUCGAGCGAGCACUGUUCAACAUCGGACGGUCGGCGCAUUCAUCCUUUGGAACGCAACUGCGCGAAGGCCAAGCUCGGCUGGACUUUGUGCGCGAGGAGAACCGCGAGCUGUGGCUGGUAGGCUGGCGAUACAUCGCCAACCUAGGCAUGAAAGGCACCUGGCGCACAGCCUACGAAUGGGGAAAGCUCCUCCUCGGCCUCAACUCCAGCGACCCCUACUGCAUGCGCCUCAUGAUCGACAACCUGGCUCUCCGCGGCCGCGAAUACGCGCACUUCAUCGAGCUCUGCACGCAAACCCGAUUCCACAACGAAUGGGCCUCCCUCCCCAACAUCCAAUGCUCCCUAGCCCUCGCCUACCUCCGCCUCAACAAACCCCGCGAAUGCCGCGAGCAACUCAGCCACGCAAUGCGCAACCACCCCUGGGUCUUCUGCCGCCUCGCCCAAGAACUCGACCUCCAACCAAUGCCAAAGCGCAUCUGGGGCAAGAUGCCCCCCAACGACGCGCACGAGCUCCUCACGGAACUCUACCUCGUGCGAACCAAAGACCUCUGGAACACGCCCGAGGCGCUCUCCCUCCUCAUGGAAGUGGCCGACACGCUCGAAGGCCCAGACACCCCGGCCCCGGCCCCCGAAAUCACCCUCGACAUCGCCCGCCACGUCAUCCUCUCCGACCAGCCGCGCGUAACAACCCACGUCCCGCAGCGCUUCGUCUCAGGCCGCAUCUCCGCCUCCGACCCCCUCCCACCCUACGAAUCCGCCGCCCACCGCCACCAAUCCGACCCCAUCCCCUCCUACAUCGCGCAAACACCAGAAGGAAACCGUCCCCAAUGGCUCCGCGACCUCCUCGCGCAACUCAACAACGGCGCACUCCACUUUCCCCGCUUCGGCGACGACAACAACAACAAUAACAACAACAACGACCUCGAAUUCGACACCCCCUCCGAAACAGAAGAAGAACUCGACAUGCCGCGCCCCGCCGGCGCAAUCACCCACCCCCCAGUCAACGAACAGCCCCAGUUAGAACACUGGCUGCUCAGCGACGGGAUGGCCGCGCUGGAAGCCUUCCUGCGGCAGUACGGCGUCGACCGGGGUAACUGGGGCGACGUGGUGGUUGAUUAUUCGCCGCUGACGGAGUAUGUGGACGCGCUGGAUGCGGUGCAGCCGGAGGAGACGAGGGAGGGGUUGCUGCGGGGGGCGAUUCGGGAGGCGCUGGGGGAGAUGGUUGUUGAUUUGUUGGAGGAUGAGUUGAGGUUUUUGGGGGAUGAGGAUGAGGAUGACGGGUAUUGA